AUGUUACGUUGUCUUCUGCGUUGGUGGCGCGGCUAUCCUCCUCUCAAACCGUCCCUCCGAUCGUCACAAUUGCAAAUGCAAACUCCUCCACACGGUACACACCAACAUAUCAAGUUUCGACCUUUCGUACAACUGCAUCUUUCAGGAAGAAGACGAAGUCGGGAUAAGAGGCAUCACCACUAUCGAAGACCUUUCCAAAAUUGGCUUGAUGAGACCGCCAUGGAACCUUCUAGAAUGUCGUUGUAUAGGUUCGACAACACCUCGGUCAUUAUAGACAUUUACCUGAUUCCUGUAGAGCGACUCUUUCCAGAAAGAUAA